AUGCGAGCUUCCUGCGUGUUGGCGUUGCUGUGCAUCGCCGCAACUGCGGCAGCCGUAGAGUAUAGGGUGGUGGACACUGUCUAUUGCAACCACACCGCCCUAAAGCAAGAUGCCAAAAUCCCCGUGGAGAAGUGCCGCGAGUUGUGCGUGCGCAAGGCGAAGAAAUGCCUCGCUGUGAACCGCGUAAUGCCCAAAGACGUCGAGCUUGAAGGAGUAGCGGUGAGUCCGUCCUGCUUCAAGAAGACCUUCACCGAGUACGAUGCGAACUGCGCCUACGCCAUGACGGACGAAGUUGACCUGAAGCUUCGUAUCGUUUCAGGAGUCAUAUCCGUACCGAUAUCACGAGGAAAGAACGUCACCAUCGCAAAUAUGACCUCGCCCAUUGUUUUUGCGCAACUCAUCAGCAAUGCCGGCGAACACUUUCCGCCUACCGCCAAGGUCAAGGUAAACAUUAUCGACAAAACCACCUUCAAUCUGUCCAUAAAAGGCUUCCCGGCUGGCGACGAUCACAAAUUCGAACCGGAAUGCUUUGUCGAAUGGGUAGCAAUCGACGAGUGCGAUAAGCUCAAGGGUUUUGGGCACUACCAUGUACACCUGCAAAAGUACAAAGUCACUAGCAAGGAGACGCAGCUCCACAGUGUUGAGCUUAAAGCGGAAGUAAUGCCAAAGAACAUCGCGAUGUUCGUGCAAGAGCUUUCAAUGCAUGUAGAAGCGACGGCGUCAUUCAUUACGGCCAAAGAUGGCAUCAAAGUUGAAAUCCAGCCGACACACUUGGGUCAACCAGUAGGAAAAGAGGGAUCUGCAGUAUCCGCCGAGGUAGCAGUGCUACUGGUAGAUAUGGAUCACUUCAAAAACGGCAGCAGGGUGAUGUUCGGAAAUGUGCCCAUCUCCUUCCCAGUGUGGCAGAGAAACAAAGAACAUGUGCAACUUGCAAUGACCAAGCCAGAACAGGAACUGAUAUUUUUCACCCCUCACUACACACGGAGCGCACGUGACAUGCCAGUUGCUUCCUGCUGGUUGGAUCAUGUUGCCGGCCAACACGGAAGCUUUUUCUGCCACCUAGAACCCGCGUCGCUCAUUACACUCCCGCACACCGGGUCACCCAACUUCACAUUCAUGAUGGUGGGAAGUGUCACCAAUGCCAGUAAGGCAGAGAUCUCGCAAUUCAGGUACAAGGGUUGUGAAGCUGCAUACGCGAUAAAGAUUGCGGCCAAGGGAGCGCGUCCCAAACCUUGGAAUACACCGGAUGAUAUGGCAUGCAAGAAAUCAUGCUUGGCGAAUUACCAUCUUUGUCGAGGAAAUUCAGUUUGCCUACAAGCAUACAUGAACGAGUCAUGCGCACUUGAAGGGUUCACGUUCCCAAAAGUGGAGACCAAGGCUAUAGAAAAUCCACCCACAUUCGUGGAUGUCAUACAUGUGCUGUCUUACGAACUCAAGGGUGCCGUCUGCACGGGGCUGCUAGAAGCCGCCAAAAUCGAACAAUUGGAGAAGCACAAGCACCAGUGGAAGACCGAGUCUGAAAAGAUAUGCCGAGAGCACGAAGCACAAGGUAAACAAGAUGAUGUCUUAGUAGUUAUAGACGGACACCUAUCCGCCAAAUUCUGUGAGAACAUCGACGUCCGUGAAAACGUUGAAUGGGCUUCACUUGCGUCCAUGCGGGACCAGCUAGUGGAAAACGGCAAAGCGAAAUCUCUCGAAGCCAUUUUUGCAGGGAAAAUAGUGUACGGUUUCUGCCACAACGAAGGAAUUAUACAGAUAGAGCGGUAUUUCGAUCGCGUUAAGGUGGAGCCGGAAGAGCCACAAGAAGACGUUUCCGUUGACUGUGUCGAGUCGGAAUGGGAAGAGUGGAGCCCAUGCAGCGCAGAGUGUAUACCGGAUACCGGGAUAGUUAUCCGGAAGCGUGUACGUUACGUUCUACAGCAACCGUCGGGAAACGGUCGCAAGUGCGUGAUAGAGGAAACCAAGCAGUGCACAGCAGCCGACCUACCCGUAUGUAGUAAUAUAUGCCUCUUGACAGAAUGGACCGAUUGGUCCAGGUGUGUCAGGUCUAAACAGCGUAGGGAGAGAUAUGUUAAAUCCUACUCCGGACUCUGCGACAACGCGCAGACGGUGGAAAUCAGAGAUUGCAGACCUGGUGGCGAUGACCCGUUUUCAUGGGGAGAUGUUGACGCGGGGCUUACGGCGGAUGGAGAUGGCGAAGGGGAAGAGGAUGAGGAUGAAUUGGGUGAGGAUGGCCUUGGCGGUGGUGAUUACGAACCGGAGGAAACGCCCGAUGUGAAUGAAGAUAAAAUCCAACUUCGCCGGGCGCCGCAGAGUAGCACAUUGCGUCAUCAGAGACGCGUUCUGCAGGGCAGAAGAGGAUUAGACCGACCUGAACCCAGAGGAUACCGCAAAACUCACCCAAGACGUAACCGUAAUGGGGACACCGGACAUCGAGAUGGCGUGGACGACAAACAAAACUUGCAAACAUCGGAUUUCAUGCAGAAAAACACGAAUUUAGAUGGCAGCGUCCCGAGAGAUGAUCGUUCAGUUUCUAGGGGUGGAAAGCAACGUGGGCAGGGUGGGCCCAAUCCGUCAUUUAGCGUAUCGUCAUCCGGUAAAGUCAAAGGAGGGUCGCAUGGUGAAGCUAAGAGGGUAAAAGCACAGGGGAUUGAAUGGCGUGACCAGCAGCAAGAAACCGACAGCUCGUCACUCCUAGAGGUGAGCGGGGACUUCGAAGAUGACAACUGCUACCUGUGGUCCGAGUGGUCGGGAUGCUCCUCCGUCUGUAACGACGAUGUAGGACGUCAGUACAAACUUUCGAGCAGGUGCGACGUGCACAGUACAUACGACCUUGCAGACAAAAUCGAGAAAAGACACUGUGAUCGACAGGAGGAGUGUGGGCUCAAAAAACCCGUCCUUUGCAAGCAGGUCAGAAGCUUGUACUUCCUAGAAACUGACGACGCAAUGUGCCAAGAGGAAUGCGAAAGACUGCUGGAAUCGUGCGUGGAUACCAAGGAACGAAAUAGCCUCUUGUGCCUCGCAAAACUCAAGACCGAGUCCGCCGAUGCCGCUGCCUUUUUCUACAGAUGCGUCCUGCCUCAUGAGCAGGAGCAGACGAUGCAGCUGUUGCACAGGCUAUUUCAAAACAGGUGCUUCCUUUCAAGGGCUUCGUACUCCGAGGAGGACAACUCAUGGGUUAACAAGGGAGCGCAAAGCUGCCACUGUUCCAUACCCGGAUCGGUGCCCUGCACAGCCAAAGAAGUCCACUACACGCGAAAUGACAUAUAUAGGGACCUAAUGGAGUCGGGAUUUUGUCCCAGCCUUAACUAUAAACAGGCGUUCUUCAAUGUCUGGAAGAAAAUUGCGUUACCCGACUCGCUGACGUACGUGUCGCUGGCAGGCAACCAGCGAUUACAUUGCCCACUGGGGGUGGAUGAAGAAACGUUCACGUACACGCAAUUCGCUCCAGAAGAGCUAGAGAGCUACUGCAGACACGGUCCCAUUUUUGCUGCCAUGAAAACAAAGACGGACCCUGUCGCCCGGCAGUACACCCACCAGUACGACUGCUCAACGGUUAUCUCAACAUCAGCAACAACUACGGAUUUUGAGUGUGGCACUUUGUGUCGCUCAAUUAGGGCAAGGUGCCUGUCGAAUCACAGGAAAUACCUGAAGUGCAUCAAAGACAGGCUAACCAGCGACUUCAGAUACGAAUCUUAUAUUUUCACGGAGUAUGGCUGCAAACUGCCGCCAAAUUUCGACUCAUGGUUCGACGAGGAAUACUACAGGGCGUUCGUCGCCACAUUGGAAACGGAACAGGCCGACAAAAGGGCUUGCGCUAUACUAGCGCAAAAUGCGAUCAUGCACUGUGAAGCAGAAGAGCUUCUGAACAACUCCGACACACUUACGGCCUGCAUGGCGCGACAACUGGGCGAUGCAGAACCAACCACAGCUGCCAAGCCCCGCACGCUGUUCGAGUCCUCGGUGGCCUCUGUAGAACGGUUCAAGACUAAUUGCAAAUUUAACCCCGCUCGCAAGCCAGGCGCUGGAUAUGUGAUGUGCAGAUUCCCAACUGAGAUAGAGGACUACGAAAACUGGAGCCAGUGGUCGGCGUGCAGCGCGGACUGCAACGACUUCGAAAGCGUAGCGACCAGGUACAGGACGCGGAAGGUGGCAGGAGAAGCCAAAAAGAGGUUCUUCCGCAUCGGAGAGGGGACGCUCCAGUUCGAACUCUGCCUCCACCUGCCAGGGUGCGAAAGGGGCAGAUGGAUAGACGGCUUAAGCGAGGAGGACAACAUACACAUAGUCGACUAUGAGGCGUACAGCGAGCACCACGAUGAAAAUCACACCAACUGGUUGGAACAGACAUACAUGCAGUAUCCGGAGCUGCGCAGCGCGCCCAGUGAGGGCGCAUCCUGCCAAAUAUACAAGUCGUACAAAAUCUUCUCAUCCAAGGGUACCAUCUGCGGUUGCCCGCACGGGCACAAGCCGUGCUCCUUCGCGACCGCCAUGGCCGAUCCCAUGUGGAUGGUGGGGAUGCAGAACUUCUGCCAGAAACGCCCUCUGGCGUCCAUAGGCUUCGAAGGCGAAAUCAGGGAUUAUCGCUACUACUGCAACAUAGGGAUGCUGCUUAUGCAGACGGAAUACAGCGGACCCCUAGCGUGUGAGUACUUCGACAACGAAGAAUACGUGGCCUGCCAGGCUGCCGAGACCACGCCUAUCACGCUGCGCAGCAAGCAGUUCACGCUGAUGGGCGUCUGCCUCGGCGUGGUAUUCUGCACUUACUCGGCCAUCAUGUACCUCAUUAGGAGCCGGCGUAAGCGUAACAGCGCUAAGAAAAAGAACGAGUGA